AUGACUAAGCUAUUUUUUCUAGGUAUCAGAAAAUUGUCUGGCGCAACGGCCAUCUCUUGUCAGCCAUCCAUUGCGGCCCCAAUCGAGCAAGCAACUUACUUUUACUGGAGAGGAGGGGAUAGAGUCAUUAUGUCUCGCAUUUUGGAUACAUUGACGACAUCAAAGUGGCAGCUCAUCGCCACGGCGGUUGCGUCAGGAGCCACCGUUGCCAGCAUCAUCUUUGCCUAUCAAGCCCUUGAGCGGGAAGAGCGACUCUCGGAAUUGAAGAACUCUAUUCCAUCUCUGAAGGAUAAAAAUCAUGAAAGCAGAGUAUUGAAUGAGUUUGGAGGUUCGAGAGACGCCGCCAUGGACCCUGAAGAUGCUCGAAAUUUGGCACUGGCGAAGAGGGCACAAAAGGGAGACUUUGACGAAGAGCUCAUCCUUGAACAAUUGGCCAGAAACCAAGUAUUCCUGACACCAGAAGGUUUAACAAAGCUGCGCCAGUCCUUCGUUAUUGUUGUUGGAUGUGGCGGCGUUGGAUCACACUGUACAGCGUCGCUCGUUCGCUCUGGUGUUUCCAAAAUUCGUCUCAUUGACUUUGAUCAAGUCACUCUCAGUUCACUCAACAGACAUGCUGUUGCCACCCUUGCCGAUGUAGGAAUUUCCAAGGUUCAUUGUCUUCAGCGUCGUCUGGUGGCCAUUGCGCCGUGGGUAAAGUACGAUCUACGUCAAGCCAAGUUUUAUGCCGAUGUUGCAGAAGAUAUGCUCGGCGCCUGGCAGGAGGAUGGGCGAAAGCCCGACUUUGUCAUUGAUGCAAUUGACAAUAUCGAAACAAAGGUCGCGCUGCUCAAGUACUGCCACGACCAUCAGAUCCCAGUUGUUAGCUCUAUGGGUGCCGGAUGCAAAGGUGACCCAACAAAAAUCACCAUUAGCGAUAUCGGCUUCAGCACUGAUGACGGACUCUCCCGGGCUACACGACGCCGGUUGAAGCUUCAAGGUAUCACAAGCGGAAUUCCAGUCAUCUUUUCAACAGAAAAGACAGGCGAAGGCAAAGCGGAAUUGCUGCCGCUAUCUGAGGAAGAAUUCUCCAAGGGGACGGUGGGCGAUUUAGGAGUGAUGCCCAACUUUCGCGUAAGGAUCUUACCCGUGUUGGGUACCAUGCCUGCCAUCUUUGGUCUUACUGCCGCCAACUACGCUAUUUUAAAGAUCACUGGGUAUCCUGUCGACUAUGCCCCUGCUAAAGGACGGGAGAAGAUGUAUGACGGCAUCCUCAACCAUGUACAAGGAUCUGAAGUUAGGCUCGCCGCAACGCUGGGUUUGGACCCUGUUGGACUCAAGUCACCCCUCAACAUUAACGACGUGGCUUUCAUGACGGAUGAAUUGUAUCACGCGCGAAGUAUCAUCACCGGCAUUCCCACCAGAAUUGUAUUGGUUCGCUGGCGUCGCCCAGACGUGACAAACAUGGACAUCAUUGAAGGCGGCGAGCAGGUGCAGAAAUGUUCCACCAUAAAAUUGCGAGACCUGGUCUGUAUGACACGAGAGGAGGCGGCAAGGCAUGAGAGGGUCAUCUUUACAGAAAAGAAGCGCCUAGAUGAAUUGUAUGAUGCGGACACUAUACGGAAAGUAGAAGAGCGCCUCAAUGAGGCUAAAAAGUAUGAAGCCUUUAGGUAG